AACGUCGCACUCGCAUUCAGUAAAUCAGCAACGAACCUACCUGACCAGAACCAACUAGAAUCGUUGUUUAGUUAUGACUGUAGUUUGAGUUGAACCUGAACGCUAGAGUAGUGGAGCGUGCACCAUUAUAUGAGCCGACUAACCACCAGCGGCCUCAUUGUCAUGGCUAACGCGAAAGAGAAAAUGUGGUCAAAAUAUAGUGUUCUGAUAUUUUUGAGUUUAAUUUGGAACAGUUGUGCCCUGCACUGUCGAUCAGAUGGAGGUCCUAAAGAAAAUGAACUUCGAGCCAUCUAUAAAAGUUGCCUCAAAAGACAGGAAGGCAAAAAUGUGACCAAUAAUCGAGGAUAUGACGAUGAUAGGAGGGACACUAAAAACCGUCAAAAGUCACCUUGGGAUAGAGACGUUAAAUUUGGCAGUAAUGAUAGAAAUGAGGAGGGUUACGGAUGGGACAGAAACCGUGACGACAGAAGAUUUGACGAUAGAAUGGACCGAAAUGACAGAAUGGGUAAUAGGGGCGACAGAAGCAACUAUGACAGGAUGAAUAAUGGAUAUGACAGAAGCAAUUAUGAUGAUAGGAUAAGUAACAGAAAUGAUAGGAUAAAUAAUUAUGACCAAAGAAUAGAUAGGAUGGGAAGAGAUGGGAUGGGUUACGGUGAUAGAAUGGGACAAACAGAUGGAUAUGGAAGAAGUCAAGUAUCAGCUAAAGACGCUUUCCAGCAAAAUGAUGAAUUUGACCCGUAUCGAUCUUCAACGACGUCACCACGGCGCUACAAACGGUCCAAGUCCAUGAACUCGGGACAACGUAGUCAAUAUAACCCAAAUCCGGCUCCCAAGAGGCCUUAUGACGACUCCUAUAGGAGCGACGAAAAAAACUCGACUGACAAUACUAGUAAGAAAGUGGAUGCUAAAGCCUGCGCUUUGCAUUGUUUUUUGGAAAAUUUGGAAAUGACAGGAGAUAAUGGAAUGCCAGACCGUUAUUUAGUAACGCACGCCAUCACCAAAGACGUGAAAAAUGAGGACUUGAGGGAUUUUCUUCAAGAGUCAAUUGAAGAAUGCUUCCAAAUACUGGAUAAUGAAAAUAAAGAAGACAAGUGCGAGUUUUCAAAGAAUCUGCUCAUGUGUUUGUCUGAAAAAGGCCGAGCGAAUUGUGAUGAUUGGAAAGAUGACAUUCAGUUUUAAAUUUAAGUUUGGGUAUAGGUCAAUUAACAAGAGUU